CUUUGAGUGAUCAAGAAGCUUCUAAUCGUGCUGUAUAUUGUCUACUGUAACAUUCAUUUUUUAUUGGGGCCUAUUCACCAGCAAAAUCCUAUCCGAGCCCCAUCUCACCUGUAACCGUAAUAAUUUUUGCGGGAUCCAUAUUGGAGUUAUUUUUUUUACUCUUUUCCACUUGUCUUUGAACAUGGUCAAUAAAGAACUCAAGCCAAGCAUCAACGAAGGAGACUUUGUUCUCGCUGCAUUAAACGAAAAGCGGCGCGUUGACGGACGUGGCAUCUACGAUGUGCGAUCGCUUCAAAUAUCAUUUGGUGCCGAUUACGGUCAAGUAGAAAUACAGCUUGGUCGAACAAGAGUAGCAGCCAAAGUAUCAGCCAAAGUAGAACGACCACGUAACGACAAACCUACAGAAGGCAUAUUAUUGUUUAAUACGGAAAUAUCACCCAUGGCAUGUCCGACAUUUGAAGCUGGAAGUCGAUCGGAAGAAGAGGUUCUUAUAAGUCGCAUAAUUGAAAAGUCAUUACGACGGAGUCGAGCGAUCGAUACCGAAGGCUUGUGUAUAGUGGCAGGAGAAAAGGUUUGGGAGAUUCGGGUAGAUCUGCACUUUUUGGAUCAUGAUGGCAACUUAGUAGAUUGUGCUGGUAUUGCUGCUAUCACUGCUCUGUCACAUUUCCGACGACCGGAUGUUACUGUUGUUGGCGAGGAAGUGACAAUCCAUCCAAUUGAUCAACGCAACCCUGUUCCAUUGAGCAUUCAUCAUCUCCCUAUCUGUGUAUCAUUUGCAUUUUUCGAUCAAGGACAACUGCUUGUGGUGGAUCCAAACUAUCUGGAAGAAAAACUGAAGCAGGGCAGCAUGGUGAUCACUAUGAACAUCCACAAAGAAAUAUGCGCAUUAUCAAAGGCAGGAGGGAUCCCAUUGGAGAUGGACCAGGUACUGCGAUGCUCGCAAAUUGCACUGGUCAAAGUAACGGAAACAACCGAACAAAUUCAAAAGGCACUAGAAACUGAUAAGGCGUCAAGAAAAAAGGCUGCUUCAAGCGGCGCAAAAUAAAAAUAUUUUCCCACGGCUUUCCGCUUCAAAGUCUGCUUUCUUU